AUGUUAAGUCUGGAUUCUCGUGUUUAUAAUUCUGGUUCUCACACUAUUUUUCUGGUACACCCUACCAAGAGGUCAGCAGGCAGAACUUGUGCUGACUAUGAAUCUGUGAAUGAAUGCAUGGAAGGUAUUUGUAAAAUGUAUGAAGAACAUCUGAAGAGAAUGAAUCCCAGCAGCACCUCCAUCACGUAUGAUAUCAGUCAGUUGUUUGAUUUUAUGGAUGACCUGGCAGAUCUCAGCUGCCUUGUUUACCGAGCUGAUACGCAGACAUACCAGCCUUAUAAAAAAGACUGGAUCAAAGGAAAGAUCUACAUGCUCCUUCAUCGGCAGGCCCAAGAGGCCGGGAAAUAA